AUGGCUCCUUUUCUCCACUGCGUAUUGGUCUUGUCUGCUCUUAUCACUGCCACCAUCUCCGUCCCGACAAGCGAGUUCUACUCUCAUACCUCCCCCCAGAACACAGUUGGCUUUGUCCCCCGAGAGAGGUCGAGAGGGUCAUUUCGCAGGCUUCGAGAUGCCAUCAUCGAACGAAUAUGGUCUAUUCCGAGCAGAUAUUCCCUCAAAUCCUCGUCUAUAUCCGGCGCUCCCAGGGCGCCAGAAAACUUCCGCGCUCGCUACGGCGGCGAUGUCGUCCUCCGGUUCCAAGUCAAGAGCGACGAUGAGGCGAAGGCGAUUUCCGAGGCGGCAGAUAUCUUAUACUUGGACAUUUGGGAGGCAACCAAUGAAUGGAUCGAUAUACGUGUAGCGAAAGAGGUGGUACCCUCCUUCGUUGGUCUUCUGCCAACAUCCCUACACAAUUCUUACAUUCCCUUGAUGCACGAUCUGGCCCGCGCUGUCUACGAUACAUAUCCCGAAUCAACUCUCGCCAACGAGAAGAUCUCGAGCCUCACGACCCUACAUGACUGGAGAGUGAAGGGCAACACACCGCAUGAUCUAUUCUUUCAGGACUAUCAGCCGCUGUCGGUUCUAUAUCCCUGGCUACGGCUGCUUGCCUCGCUCUUCCCAACGCACGCGUCACUGAUGAGUAUCGGCAAAUCGGCCGAGGGUCGCGACAUCCCUGCGUUGCGCAUUGGAGCGCAAGUGGACGGAAGCACGACAGACCCGCAUGACUCCAGACACACACUGCUGAUAGUGGGCGGGAGCCAUGCUCGCGAAUGGAUCUCGGUCUCAACAGUGGCAUAUAUCGCGUACAGCCUCGUCACACGAUAUGGCCAUAUCCAGUUUCCCGAGGUCACAAAGAUUCUCGAUCGUUUUGACUUGGUUUUCGUGCCCGUCCUGAACCCCGAUGGGUACGAGUAUACCUGGACGUCUGACAGAUUGUGGCGCAAAAACCGGCAAGCCACGUCUAUUCCGUUCUGCCCUGGUAUCGACCUCGACCGUGCCUUUCGAUACGAAUGGGACGGUUACGGGAACACAGACAACGCUUGUAGCGACGAUUAUGCGGGCCCCGGACCAUUGGCUGCUGUGGAAGCACAAAUGUUGACCAGCUGGGCUCGAAACUUGACAACAAAUGAGAAUGUCACGUUUGUGUCAUAUCUAGACUUCCACGCAUACUCUCAGCAAGUACUCUACCCGUACAGCUAUACUUGCGACGUAGCACCACCAAAUCUUGAAGAUCUAGAAGAGGUUGCUCUUGGAAUAGCGAAGUCUUUCCGGUUGACCAACGGACACCAUUACGGAGUCGAAAGCGCCUGUCAAGGUAGCAUGGUUUUCCAGGAUCGAGAAAGAAAACCGCGGGUUCAGCUGGAGCCACAAGGGGGCUCAGCCCUAGACUUCUUCUACCAUGACCUGGAUGUGAAGCUUUCUUUCCAAAUCAAACUCAGAGACACUGGAACAUACGGGUUUUUGCUGCCGAGGUCACACAUUCUUCCCACGGGCCAAGAAGCUUAUGAGGGUGUGGUUGGCCUAGGACGAUGGAUGUUGGGCAAUCACGGCAUUGAGCGAAUCGAGGAUUUGCACUCGGUAUGGGGGAGUGAAGAUUUGACCGGUCAGAGGGCUGGAACCUUUCAAGACUCUCAGAUGCCAGUCGCACAUGAGGAAGAGGAUGACGACCUUGACGAGAAUGAUUUUGAACUCAGGCGGCGGCGUCGAUAA